AACGAACCUCGCUUACGUACUUCCCUCGAAAGAUCAGGCUGAAGCUGGCCUGCGUGGCGCUGCGAGCGAGCGAGACGUAGUGGCUGGGCAGCGCCCGUGGUGAGCUGACGCAGCACAAACUGCCCACCAGACGAACGGACACACAAGACGGAAGGAUCAAGAGAAGAAAGACGUACUACUAAGCAAAAUAAGAGCGGCUGAAGUCACAAGAGGAGCAAGAUGCCGGGACCUUACUUCGGACACCACGAGAAAUGCUACUCCGUGGACAACAAGUGUUACUGCACCAACUCGGCACCCCUGCGCCUGCCCCCUGAAGCCCCCAUCACCAGCGUGAACACUCCUGCUGACCGCAUCAUCGCCGCCUACAAGUACAAGCCGCCGCAACCCAAGACUCCUCCUGCCCCGACAGCCUCAGCGCCAUCCUCGGGCAUGACAGACGUCCUUGGUAUGCAGGCAAGACCCCCGGGACACUCACCUUACCCUAGUGCGCCCCCCGGAGGCUAUGGUUCACGGGACUACUUGGGUCAAAAGCAAAGUGUCCCGUGGCAGUAUUAUGUCUCCUUGGCUUUGGCGGGGCAAGACGGGCGGGGCGCUCAGCCAGGACACAGUGCUGGGGCCAUGGUGAGCCAAGACCGUGUGCCUGGGGCCAUGGCGACGCAGGGACACUACGUUCCUCCCGGGAUCAAGAUGACUCAAGGCGUUCCCCAAGUACGUGUUUCCGUCGCCACUGUUCCUCACGGACAAAAUGUUCCCGGAGCUACAGUGAGUCAAGCUCCUCAAGUUCCACGUGUUCCCGGGACCACACUUCCCCAAGGACACCAUGCUCCUCAAGGACACCAUGCUCCUCAAGGACACCAUGUUCCUCAAGGACACCAUGCUCCCCAAGGACACCAUGCUCCUCAGGGACACCAUGCUCCCCAAGGACACCAUGUUCCUCAAGGACACCAUGCUCCCCAAGGACACCAUGUUCCUCAAGGACACCAUGCUCCCCAAGGACACCAUGUUCCUCAAGGACACCAUGCUCCCCAAGGACACCAUGUUCCUCAAGGACACCAUGCUCCCCAAGGACACCAUGUUCCUCAAGGACACCAUGCUCCCCAAGGACACCAUGUUCCUCAAGGACACCAUGCUCCCCAAGGACACCAUGUUCCUCAAGGACACCGUGUUCCUCACGGACAAAAUGUUCCCGGAGCUACAGUGAGUCAAGCUCCUCAAGUUCCACGUGUUCCCGGGACCACACUUCCCCAAGGACACCAUGCUCCUCAAGGACACCAUGCUCCUCAGGGACACCAUGCUCCUCAAGGACACCAUGCUCCUCAAGGACACCAUGCUCCUCAAGGACACCAUGCUCCUCAAGGACACCAUGCUCCUCAAGGACACCAUGCUCCUCAAGGACACCGUGUUCCUCAAGGACAAAAUGUUCCCCAAGGACACCAUGCUCCCCAAGUAUCCAAUGUUCCUCAAGUACCCAGUGUUCCUCAAGGACCCAAUGCUCCACAAAGACAUUAUCUUCCUCAAGGUCAAAAUGUGCCACAAGGAAACAAUGUUCCACCUGGACCCAGUACUCCACAAGGACGCAUUGCUCCACAAGGACAUAGUGUUCCACAAGGACACAGUGUUCCACAAGGACAAAUUGCUCCACAAGGACACAAUGUUUCCCAAGCUCCACGUGUUCCUGGUUCCACGGUGGAUCACAGACAUGCUAUACCCAGUACCGCGGUGAAUCAGGGACAUACCGCUCUGGGCACCACUCUGCACCAAGGUCAGACUGGCACACCCGGUCCACGCGGAGUUCCGGUGGCGCAGAGUUUUCCUGGUUGGCCGAGUUCCUCGAUUGCACAGAACGUUAAGGCAGGUUUCCCGGUAGUCUCAAACGUUCCAGGCGCACAAACGUUCCCGGUGACACAGCACAUCCACAGGUACCCUUACAUGCCCAACCCUAUGGCGAUGAAGAUGGCUCAAAUAACCCGGGGUAUGCCGGAGGGGAACGCAGCGCAGUGAGUGCCAGCGGAGAGAUUGUGCAAGGAGGAAGGAACGAGGGAACAGUGGAACAUACUAGAUCAAUGUGAAGAGCAGUGGGUGGAACAGUGGAACAAACGAGAUUAAUGUGAAGAGCAGUGGGUGGAACAGUGGAACAAACUAGAUUAAUGUGAAGAGCAGUGGGUGGAACAGUGGAACAAACGAGAUUAAUGUGAAGAGCAGUGGGUGGAACAGUGGAACAAACGAGAUUAAUGGGAAGAGCAGUGGGUGGAACAGUGGAACAAACGAGAUUAAUGGGAAGAGCAGUGGGUGGAACAGUGGAACAAACUAGAUCAAUGUGAAGAGCAGUGGGUGGAACAGUGGAACAAACGAGAUUAAUGUGAAGAGCAGUGGGUGGAACAGUGGAACAAAUUGGAACACUAGCAACAGAAGCGAAAUUGACCUAUCUUUCGGCCACUUCUCUAACUCUUAGGACCAGUGGGUAGAGGCUUGUUUUUCAUUAUUGUUUUCUUUUUUUUUAUAUGCCCUUAAUCUGACUCCUUUGCUGUAAAAAAAAAGUGAAAAAAUCGAAAACAAUAUGAAAAGCAGUGUGGAUAGAAGCGAGUGAAUGUAUAUAUUAAAAGUAUGAUAAAUUUACUGGGGGAAAAAAAAAAUAAUAAUAAUAUUACUUAUAAUGGUCAAUAAAACUAUUGUAUAAUGUGCCCUCAAUAUGAUAUAAUCUAAAUGUGAUACUGACGAUGUGUGUGUGUGUGUGUGUGAGAGAGAGAGAGAGAGAGAGAGAGAGAGAGAGAGAGAGAGAGAGAGAGAGAGAGAGAGAGAUGCUGGUAUUGCAAGCUAUCAAUAGAUUCUGUAAAUAAAAAGAAAUGUAAAAUAUUA